AUGUCUUAUCAGUCCAGUGAAGCAAAGAAGGAGGAGUUUCGCAAGUACCUCGAGCGAAAGCAGGUGAUUGACACCUUGACUCGUGUUCUUGUGAACCUCUACGAAGAGCCGGAGAAGCCGGAGGACCCGGUGGAUUUCAUCAAGAAGGUGCUUGGUGGCGCUUCCUCUGCAGACUACGAGGCACUCCAACAGGAGAAUGCGUGCCUCAAGGCGGAGGUGGAGGCUCUAAAAAAAAGACUGGCUGAAGAAUCCUAA